AGAAUGAUUUGUGAUUUAAAACACGACAUUCCAACACAACAGUAAAACUUGAUAAAUAAUUUAUAAUGAAUGAAAAUGAAAACUGAAUCAACAAACGAGAUUAGUUGGAGUUUAACUUCGGCAGUUGAAUGACAAUAUAAUAAUUAUUACAUACAGAGUUGAAAACAAUUUCCGAUUGUGGCCUUCGUUUGUGUAGAUGCAGUAGAUGGUAAAUGUUGAUGCGCGAGUGAUAUUUUUAUAUAAUAUAAAAGUUCGACGGACAGCUGUUUUGUUAUAUCGAAACAAUGCAUCAACAAAUAAUGUGUAUAGACCGCGAUUUCUAGUUACGUUUUGCGUUUAUCAACAAAAGCAGCUUUUCAAUUCAAGGGCCUUCAGCCUUCACUCCCCCAGCACCAGCACAGCACCAACAGUGACAAUGAUAUAUUUCUUUUGUAAAACACAAUCAGCUGUUUGCAGUGUGUAGUUAACCACCACGUGUGUUGAGUGUCGAUGGUGUGUGUACAUUGAACUUCUUUAUGGAUGUUCCUCGAGUUCUUCAUUGCUGAUUUGAAAUUGUAAAAAUGCCCAACGAACCUGAUCUCAUCGCCAAUGCCGAGGCCGGAGAGCCUCUCUUGGCUAAAAAUGAAAAAUCGGCCGAUAUCGCGACCACCAAACCUGAUGAAGUCGCUCUUAAGCCGAUUAACGCUGCUAUUGUAAAAAGAAAUAAAAGUGUGGUGCUACUAGACCACAAAAAGAAUGGUAAAAAAAUGGAAAAGUGGAAACUGGUGCCACCUGACGGGGGAUGGGGAUGGCUGGUACUAUUUGGAGCCACUAUGGUCAACAUUCUUGUACCAGGAACCAUCAAAUCGUUCGGAGUACUAUUUGUUGAAUUCAUGGAAGCGUUUGAAUCGACACCGGCCGAGGGCAUGUGGAUACCAGCCCUUUGUUACUUUUUAUAUAGUUCCUUAGGUCCAAUUUCCAGUAUCCUUUCAGUAAAAUACUCAUACCGUGUGGUAACCAUUCUGGGAGGUAUAAGCGCAGCAGGUGGGAUGAUUCUCAGUUUUUGGUCGAACUCUGUUUACUUCCUCUAUGUCAGUUACGGAGUUCUAGUAGGAAUUGGUGCUGGAUUGUCAUUCCCUCCUACAGUGUACAUAGUAUGUAGUUAUUUUAUGAGAUUAAGAGGUGUAGCUAAUGGUAUAUGUAUCUCUGGUUCCGCAUUCGGCUCUAUUAUUAUACCACCUUUACUCAGAGUUCUGAUGGUAACUUACGGUUAUAGAGGAGCUGUUUUACUCAUGGGUGGAGUUACCCUUAACGUAUUCGUUGCAGCUCUUUUCUAUGAUAGAGUAGAGUUACAUAUGAAAAGAGAACGCGUAAUAUCAGCCGAAGAAGAAGAAGCCAACAGAGCCAAAUUCUCUAUAAGCCAAGAGGAUAUCUUCCCAUCGACUCAGAAUAUUCCCCAUAACGAUUCAUUCUUAGAACAUAUAGAAAAUUCAACUGGAAACUUUAACCGAAGCGCUUCUAGUGUCGCGAUGCAAAAUUUAAAAUCGAAUCAACGAGAACGUAAAAUUAGUAUGCCUCAAGGUCGGCAGGAAAUGUUGAAGGCAAGAGGAAGGGAAAGCAUGAAUAGCAACUUAAAACACCAAGUCGUUCUAGAAAACCAACAAGGUAGCCAAAUGAUGGAUAUGUCUUCACACACCCGUCUUCCAAGCACGAGGCGCAGAUCAAUAGCUCCGCGUAGAAGCACCUCAACCAGCUCAUUUCAGUAUGUAAGCACACCAUACCAUGGCAGCACUUUAACUCUACAACCAGAGAUAUUUGCUAGCUCUUUUAGUCUUCGUUCUACAAAGUCUAAACUAGCUGCAAAAGAAGAGGAACCGACGAGACCUAAGCUACUAGAUUUAAGCCUCCUGAAACACCCUGUUUACCUAAUUAUUCUGAUUUCAAAUGCUACUAAUGCUAUUAGUUAUACAAAUUUUAUCAUUCUACUGCCAUCUUACGCCCAAACCUUGGGUUUCGAUAAAGAUCAGGGUGCUAUGUUGCUCUCCAUAGUAUCAGCUCUGGAUUUAGUAGGCAGAAUUGGUGGUUCUGCAUUGUCAGAUUUGACAUCUUUUCCUAAAUGUUACUACUUUGUUGGGGGGCUAUUUAUAUCAGGAAUCUCAUUAGGUUUAAUGCCUUUGUUCCUCAAUUACUGGGCAAUAGCAGCUUUUUGUUCACUCUUCGGUCUGGCUUCUGGGACCUACGUAGGGAUCACAGCCAUAGUUAUGGCCGACAUGCUCGGAGAAGAACGUCUGCAAUCUACUUACGGAAUGGGCCUGUUCGUUAAUGGUAUUCUACAACUGAUUGGACCUCCGCUAUGUGGAUUAUGGUAUGAACGUGUGAAGUCGUACGUGUCACUUUUCAUAUGCCUUGGAAUAGCCUUAACAUGUGGAGCAAGCUUAUGGACGUUUGUUCCUUGCAUCAGAAGGAAGAAAGAGCAAGAAAAGGAAAAUGUCGAAAAUGGAAUACCUUCAUCUCCUUAAAUUUUAUGUAAAGUUAUAAGUCCUGUUGCGUACAGAACCAGUUAAUUAUUUAUAUUAUAGGGUAGCAAAUAUUAUGUAAAUGUAUUACAUUGCCAGUAUCCCAACCAAUCUAAAACAGACUGCUACAAAAUAUUAAUUCAAUAAAAAGAAUUCGUAGUCAUAUUUUCUUUAGAGUUGUUAAUCAUCACUUGUAUUUUUCUCCCAUCGUAUAUAGCACUCUUUUACUUUUUUUUUUUAAUUGAUUAUCAAUGAACAAUAAAGUGUUUCCAAAUGUUCUUUUUUCCUGGCAAUAAAUAAAAAACUAACAGGGUUAUCUAUCGGUGGGAUGUUCAAUCAAUUAAAAAGGGUCCAGUGCUGUCAUGUUUACAUUACAUACACCAUAAGGAAUAUCUUUUCUUUUUUGAGUUAAUAUUUUGAUAAUUUUACUCUAAAUUCGGGGCAGUAUAUUUCUUAAACUUGAAAUAAAUGGGCAUUUAAAUUUUUCCACAUUCUUUCAAAAGUUUAUUUGGAUUUAAUUGAUUAAAUAUUCAGAAAUAGUUUUUAUUUUCUUUGUGGGCUCUACAAAAGUGUUUAUAGUAUGUCAGACCCUGUUUUAUUUAUUGAUUAAUUAUUAAUUAUAAUUUAAAAUGGAAGUGUUCCGUUUU